AGAAAAUUUUGAAAUUUUAAUAAUUAAGGUAAACUUCAACCAGUAAACUUAUUAUAUUUUAUUUGUUUUUCAGUUUGAAAAAAAUGGGUUUGGUUUUCACCGCUGGCUUCAAGUGAGGAAGAGACAGGGAGCGAGAGCGCGGGAGGAACAGAGACGAAACAAACGGUUACGGCAUCUUCCUCCAGAUGGCUAGCCGGCCCACUCGAUUGAGGAGACCAUACCAACAGCAUGAGCAACAGCCGAGGGCUAAGUGGACAGCAUCCCUCACUAAGAUACUUGCAGACUUGAUGGUUGACCAGGUCCGAAAGGGGAAUAGGCAGAACAAUUCUUUUGGAAAGAAAGCAUGGAAAUAUAUGUGUGAUGACUUUUUCAAGAAAACAGGAUUGAAAUGGGACAAGGAGCAACUGAAGAACCGGUAUGCUGUGUUGAGGAGGCAAUAUGUCAUUGUCAAGUCACUUCUUGAUCAAAGUGACUUUAAUUGGGAUGAAAACACAGGCAUUAUCACGGCCAAGGAUGAAGCAUGGGACAACUACAUUAAGGAACAUCCUGAUGCUGAGAGUAUGAGAAGCGCUGGCUGCCCAAUUUACAAACAGCUAUGCACAAUAUUCUCAGAAUCAGGAGCCAAUGGGACAAAUGAGCAAUCAGCUGAACAUGAGGAAGGAAUUCCCUAUGAAUAUCCUUGUCCAGAACCUUUGAGCAUGCACCGGGAGGAGUCCUCAUCAGAGUCAGAUGAUGUGGCUGAGAUGGCAGACGGGCAAGACAAUUUUCAGUCUACUCUACCUACUGGAAUUAGUUCUCGCAAAAGAGGCCGCAGAGGAAUUGACAAUGUUAUUGCAGGGGCUAUACUGGAAAUGGCAGCUGCUUCAAAACUGAGGACAGCUGCUAUAAAGCAACGGAAUGCCAAAUUCUCUAUAACCAACUGUGUUCAAGCAUUGGAUGAGAUACAAGGUGUUGAUGAGCGAGUCUAUUUUGCUGCUCUGGAUUUAUUUGACAACCCCAAUGCCAGGGAAAUAUUCUUGUCUCUCAAGAGUGACAAACGGUAUACAUGGCUGUGUGGUAAGUGUACUGUCUCACCUAGUUAGUUCCAUAGGCUUAUACUAAACUGUGUGUUUGGUGCCAUCUGUUCUAUAACCUAAUAAGCACCAGAUAGCAGACUUUUUUUUGGUUAACUUCUAUUGUUAUACUUCAAUCAUUGCUGAAGGAUCAAUUUCUUGGUUUAACACCAAGCCGGAUACAAGCCCCUAGGGAUUUUUCCAUCAAUUGUAAGAUUUUGGUGUAUCAUGUACAUACCUUAGCUUAUUAUGGCAUCUGAAUCUCUUAACCCUUGCAAGA